AUGGCUCAGACGCUCCUUUGGAUCGGCCUCGGCAACAUCGGCAGGUCCAAACUUGACAAACCACUUCUCAUCUACAACCGCACCACCAAGCGGGCCACGGAGCUGAGCCAGAGCCUGCCCGCCGGUAAGACGCAGGUCGUCGAGUCGCUCGGGGACGCCAUCGCGCAGGCUGACAUCAUCUUCACGUGUGUUGCCAACGACCAGGCAGUGGAGGAAAUAUUUGCAUCCGCAGCCCAGCAGAAACUCGAGGGCAAAGUCUUUGUCGAGUGCUCAACCAUUGCUCCCGGCGCUUCAGAAGCGGCCGCGAAGGCGGUGCUGGACAAGGGCGCCGAGUUCAUAUGCGCGCCCGUGUUCGGAGCACCUGCAAUGGUAGCUGCCGGCAACGCGACCUUGGUGCUUGCCGGACCCAAGGCCUCGAUCGAGAAGAUCCGGCCCUAUAUUGAUGCCAUGGCGGCUCGCGAGAUCAACAUGGCUGAUGAGCCGUAUCACAAGGCAUCGACGUUGAAGGUGCUGGGUAACACCGUCAUCCUGGGCAUGGUCGAGCAGCUCGCCGAGACAUAUGUGGCUGCCGAGAAGAGCGGGCUCGGGACCGGUUACGUGAAGCAGUUUGUCGACGCCAUGUUCGGUGGCAGUCCUUACCCUGCGUACUCGGUGCGGAUGUUGGAGGGUGAUUAUUACAAGCGGGAGGAACCGCUCUUCGCCGUUGAUUUGGCGAGGAAAGACGCCGGGCACGCCAUGGCUAUUGCCAAGGCCGCAGGGACACGACUGCCAAACAUUGAAAACGCCGACAGGCACCUACAGAUUGUUAAGGAGCACGUAGGGCCGUCAGGUGAUAUGGCCGGCAUCUAUGGCGCCGUAAGAAAGGAAGCUGGCCUCAAGUACGAGAAUGAUUCUUGA